AUGUUCCAAAUAGAUGAAACAGAUUCUUUGAUGUUUUCAAGUUCAUCAAGUGAGUUCUUGUUUGUAAGUAAUGAAACACAAAUGUCAAUACCACAGAAGACUGAUGGAGAGUCUGAAAGAAGACUAAAAACAACUGGACAAACUAGGUUAACAACAAAACCGUUGAAUUCGAGAAAUUUAGACAAUGCUACAAAACACGAAAAAAUAACACAAUACAAUGUGUGA